CGAUUAUUCUACAGUCUAUACUCAACAGUCAAAUUACUGACUAAAUUGACCAGAAAUUACUAAACUGAAUUGUUGUAUUAUUGAAUCAGUAAUUAGUUAAGCGUAGCUACAACUAGCCAUCUAGUGUGUAGAAUGACAUGUAAUUUGAGUAAAAAUACACUAAAAUUAAAAUUGUCGGUCACUUUGCAUGCACCGGGGUUGUUUGGUUCCAAUGGCUAAACUAAUUGCAGAACUCUGGGGCUAAACUGCAAGACAAAUCUAAUGAUGAGGUAUAAUCCAUAGUUAGCAGAUGAUUACAGUAGCAUUAAUGUAGCAAAUUAUAGAUUAGUGUGAUUAACUAGCUUUAGCUAAUCAUCGCUGCUUUCUUCCUCCUCCUAAAUCUCGCGGAUAAAUAAGCGAGCGGGAGAAAGCGGUUUGGACUCUAUAGAGAGAGAGAGAGAGAGAGAGAGAGAGAGAGAGAGGGGAAAGCGGCGGGGGAAGGAAAGGUCAAGGCAUCUCCUCCCUGUGGCGCCGCUUCUUCUUCUUCUUCGUCGGCGUCGGUCCGGAAGGGAAAGAUUCUUGGGACGAGGCGCCGCGGAAGGGAUUUCUUUGGACCCCCAGUGUUUCGCUUCCAUGGAGAGGGAUUUCCUGGGCGCGAUUGGCCGGGCGGGGACGUGCGGCGGCGGCGGCGCGGUGAAGGAGGGCCGGGCGGAGUCAGAUAACCCGCCGGCGGCGACGCAGUGGCAGUUCCCGGCGACGUCCGGCGCGGCGCCGGCGUUCAUGUCUUUCCGGACGGCCAGGGAGGAGGGCAACAAAGAGUUCUCCAUCUCCGGCUUCCGCCCGGCGGCGGCAACCGGAGACGCCUUCGACGGCAUCAAGAAGCAGGCCUCCUUGCCCGUUAUGCCUCAGCAGAGGCAAUUCGGGCUCAACAACCAGGUCACGGCGCUGCAGUAUCCCGCUGCGCCCCACGGCCAGCGCGUGCAGGGGAUGGAUUACAAAGUGGCAGCGCGUCAUCACCUCCCUGCUGGAAAAAGGAUGGUUCAGCCGGUCUCGGUGCGGCAUCCUGGGCCGUUCAACCAGGCGAAUCCGAUGCUCAGGUCGCAGAGCUUCCACAACGGCACUGUUGGGCCAUUCAAGACUCAGCCUUUCACCAUGAGCAAUGGGUUCGGCGGUUCUACGGUUGGCAUGUAUGGCUCAAGGAACCCGCGUAGUCAGACCUCAACGCAGUUGACAAUAUUCUACAAUGGUUCUGUAAAUGUAUUCGAUAACGUCCCCGUGGAGAAGGCUAAAGAACUUAUGAUGUUAGCCAGCAGGGCAUCUAUUCCAAGCCCACCAAGCGCACCCCACAAACCGGAUUCACCUAUUUCUGCCCCUGCAAAGGUCAAUGUGCCUGAGGUUUUGCCUGCUAGGCAGAUGGUAAUUCAGAAACCAGAGCCGUCCGUGCCUCAUACCACUUCAAGUCCAAUUCCCGUUGUCCCACAAGUUGUGACUCUCUCCAUGAAUACAUCCAACCGUACCAUAGAACCCAUGAGGCCAAAACCUGCUGUUCAAAUGCCGGUCACUGCUCCUACCAUUCAGGCAAUGCCGGUCACUGCUCCAACCAUUCAGGCAAUGCCGGUCUCUGCUCCUACCAGUCAGGCACCCUCGUCUCAGCCAAUGCCGCUGGCAACUACAAGUGCUGCUGUGCCAAGAGCUGUCCCUCAAGCUCGGAAAGCAUCUCUCGCCCGAUUCUUGGAGAAGCGAAAGGAGAGAGUGAUUAGUGUCGAGCCAUACCCGACAUCGAAGAGCCCGCUACAAAGCAGCGACACCAUCGGCAGCCCUCGCGCUCCCACCAAAUCGUCGUCUACAGAGAUCGCCAUGACGAGCAGCAACGGGGAGGGGCCCUUGCUCUUCGGCCAGUCCAGGAACAUCAGCUUCAGCACCGAGGCCUGCCCUAGCACGAAGUUGCAUAUCUGAUACCUUCGAGUGUUCGUAGUAGACUCCUCGCUCACCGACGCGGAAAUCUGACUCCGCGUACGGAUGAGGCGGGAAGAUAGGAAGAGACGGACAAUUAGAUGUUGCUGAGUAUAAUUUUGUUUGGCUAGAGCUGUAUCUAUAUGUAGUGUUGGCCUAGCCGCUACAUAGCUGCUGCAGCGCGCAGCUGCCACUCGCUGGGGCGUUGCAGGCUCUUCUUGGUUUUUUUUCUUCUUUGGCCUACUCCAUUGUAGUUUUCAGCCUAAGAAGACAGACGAGGUGCUUUUGCCUCUGAAUGAAUGUUAUAGGAUUAUACAGAUUUGUUUCUUCAAAAAAAAGGAUUAUACAGA